CGUCACGUGCCCUGCUCGGGAAAGGAGGGGCCCGCCGAGCUGUCACCCGAGCGAGGCUCGGCGGCUCGGAGCUCGAUUGAGCGGCCUGAGCCCCCGCGCGUGCCGGUGACCCCGUGGGCCCCAGCCGUCCGCCAUGGGGCUCCUGUCGGACCCGUACCGCAGGCGAGCGCUGUCCCGGCUCAUCCUCCGCCUCAACACCCCACUCUGCAUCCUCAGCUACCUGGCUGGGCUGGGCUGGUUCCUGGGCCUGGCCUCCCCACCCUUCACCCUGCGCUCCUACAUGUCGGAGAACGCCAUGGGCUCCACCAUGGUGGAGGAGCAGUUCGUGUUCGGCGAGAGGGCACUCUCCUACGCCCGCGAGUUCGCUGGCCACAAGAAGAAGGUGGGGGGGAUCCCUGUGGCCUGGCUGGAGAAGACCAUGUGGAACCUGGGCCUGGAGGUUUAUAAGCAGCCCUUCUCCCGCACUCUGCCCUUUCCGGACGAGAUGCGCGAAAGAUACAUGGUGAAGGGCACGAAUGUGUAUGGGAUCCUGCGGGCGCCACGUGCGGCCAGCACGGAGUCCUUGGUCCUGAGCGUGCCCUGCAGUACGGGGCAGCACAACAACCAGGCUGUGGGGCUCAUGCUGGCCUUGGCUUCCUACUUCCGGGGUCAGAUUUACUGGGCCAAGGACAUCAUCUUCCUGGUGAACGAGCACGACCUGAUUGGCAUGGAGGCCUGGCUGGAGGCCUACCACGACGUCAACGUCACUGAGGUGCUCUCCUCGGGGAUGCUGGGCCGGGCCGGAGCCAUCCAGGCGGCUGUCUCGCUGGAGCUGAGCAGCGACGUCAUCACCAGCUUCGACAUGGCCGUGGAGGGGCUGAACGGGCAGCUGCCCAACCUGGACCUGGUCAACCUCUUCUACGCCUUCUGCCAGAAGAAUGGGCUGCUGUGCACCAUCCAGGGCAAGCUGCAGCGCACGGACUGGGACACGCUGCCGGCCUAUGUGCACAGCCUGCAGACCCUGCUGCUCAUGGUGCUGAAGCAGGGCUCUGGCCGGCCCCAGGGCGACCACGGCCUCUUCCUGCGCUACCACAUCGAGGCCAUCACCGUGCGCGGCAUCAACAGCUUUCGGCAGUACAAGUACGACAUGGGCACCGUGGGCAAGACGCUGGAGGGGAUGUUCCGCAAGCUGAACAACCUGCUGGAGCGCCUGCACCAGUCCUACUUCUUCUACCUGCUGCCCUCGCUCGCGCGCUUCGUCUCCAUCGGCGUCUACAUGCCGGCCUUCGGCUUCCUCAUCCUCAUCCUCGUCCUCAAGGCCCUCGACCUGUGGAUGAAGCUGAGUAAAUGUGAUGCGGGCCCCGAGGAGCAGCUUUGCGAUGGAGACCAGGGUGCUGCCCACGCUGCCGCCGAGGAGUCACGUCCUGGCCUGCUCACCCUGGUGCCACCCCUGCUGAUCUGCCAUGCCACAGGUCUCACCCUCUACUUCCUGCCUGUGCUGGGCCAGCACUUGGCCACCCAGCACUUCCCCGUCUCGGAGUCGGAGGCUGUGGUGCUGACGGUCAUUGCCAUCUACGUGGCCGGACUGGCGCUGCCACACAACACACACAGGGUGCUGACUGGCUGUGGGAGUGAACGCGGCUGGAUGACCCUGAAGCUUCUCUCCCUGCUGUACCUGGCCAUGCUGCUGGGCUGCAUCGCCCUCAUUAACUUCUCCCUGGGCUUCCUGUUGGCUGUCACCAUGGUGCCCGUUGCAGCCAUCGUCCAGCCCAAAGGCCCCAAGUAUCUGUAUGCAGUGCUGCUGGUCCUGGUCACGCCAGCUGUCACCCUCCUGCUCAGCAUCGUCCUGUACCAGGAGCUGAUUGAGUACCCCGUCUCGGCGCUGGAGUGCUGGCAGCUCUUCCUGCAGGCUGUGUCUGAGGGCCUGCUGGACCACUACCUCUACGGCUCCAUCGUCUUCCCCUUCAUCGCCCUCUUCGUCUACCCCUGCUGGCUGCUGCUCUGGAACGUGCUCUUCUGGAAGUAACCGGGCCCCACCUCUCCUGGGAGCGGGGAGUUGCUGACUGGGCCCCCGCCUGGCCACCGGAUCCCAGGAUCUGGGACUUGCCCUGGAGCCAUUCCACGUUCUCAGGCUGGAGCCUUGCGCCUUUGUUCUGGAAGGAGUGAGGGCGCCUUGGCCUGUUCUGGGGCCUGCAGCAGGAGUCAGUCCCCCUUCCUUGUGCUCAGUGGCCUGAUUGGGGAAGGCGGCGCCGUAAUGGUGCCAGAGCAGGAGGGGGGCCUGGGACGCCCGCUGAACUCAGCUGUCCAUGGGCAUCGCACGCUGGGACCUUUGCCUUAGGGGGGCACCUGCCAGCUGCUGCCAGGCGAAGGGGGGCACAGGGCGCUGGGCUGCCUGCAGGGGAGCAGGGAGGCUUUGGCCCUGCUUGUUCCCACAGACAGAGGGCAGAGGGCUGGGCUUAGGCUGGAAGGUGGCAGCACUGCAGGGCGCCACUGCAGAUGCUGGUCACCUUGAGUCCACAUGUGUGGGGCAGCGGAGGGUGCUCCCCGCUCUUCCUCAGGCAUGGGCUGGGCAUGCCUCCCUCAGCCCUGGGGGAGGAGAGGAGUGGGGCAUGCAGGUUAGCGCACUCCUCCACUGUAUACAGGUGGGCCAGGUCCCCAGAGCAGCCAAGGGACUGGGCUGGGGGAAUGAACAGGGAUUGCGCCGGGAGUGUUCAUCUUUGUAAUAAAAUAACAAGAAAAGCC